GGGAUAUCUUAGGGGGUGCUGGAGGAAUCAACUGGAGCAGCUGAUACGGAUUCAAUAAAAGUCGAAUUAACUGGAAUCAAACCAAUGCGGGGCGCAAAAAGCGAUUCUGAUUCCGGAUCUGGACCCGAGUCUGGAAAGGAUGAGGUGAACCAGGUUCGGAAAAGUUUAGAUGCGCUGUGCCAAGAGUUGAAUAUGGACGAGGAGACCGCGGCUGAAGCCUUGCAAAAUUUCACAGCGAUCUGGGACACAUACACUCUGGAGGGAGAUGUGGUUCACUGGCUGGCCUGCUCGUUGUACACUGCUUGCCGCAGGGGCUCCACUCCUACUGUGGGGAAGGGCAUGAUGGAGGGGAACUUUGUGUCACUGACCAGAAUUCUGCGCUCUUCAAAAUUGAGUUUAAUCCAGUUCUUCAGUAAGAUGAAGAAAUGGGCGGACAUGUCCAGUUUGUCGCAGGAGUUUCGAGAACGAAUUGAGCGCCUGGAGAGAAACUUCGAAGUGUCCACGGUCAUUUUUAAGAAGUUUGAGCCGAUCUUUCUGGACAUGUUUCAAAACCCACAGGAAGAGCCCCCAAAGAUCCCACGGAGCAGAAAGCAGAGACGCCUUCCCUGCCAUAUCAGCGACGUCUUUAAAUUCUGCUGGACCCUGUUUGUGUACACGAAAGGUAACUUCCGCAUGAUCGGUGAUGAUUUGGUGAAUUCGUAUCAUCUUCUGCUUUGCUGCCUGGACUUGGUUUUCGGUAAUGCGUUGCUGUGUCCAAACAGGAAGGAUCUCAUCAAUCCUCAUUUUAAAGGGUUGCCAGCGGAUUACCACGACCCUGACUACACUCUCCCUAAGGAGCCCCCCUGCAUCAUCGAGCGGCUGUGUGAACUGCAUGACGGGCUGGUAGUGGAAGCCAAGGGCAUAAAAGAGCACUACUUUAAACCGUACAUCUGCAAGCUGUUUGAGAGACAGAUUUUAAAAGGGAAUGAUGAGUUUUUCACAGAAAUGUUGGACAUUCCGUAUUUCACAGGCAACAACAAAACGGUCAAUAAGGAGUAUGAAGAGUACGUUCUGACGGUCGGGGAUUUCGACGAGAGGGUGUUUUUGGGAGCUGAUGCUGAUGAGGAAAUCGGAACUCCUCGGAAGUCUGCUCUGGAAUUCCCUGGAGGGAAGCUGUCUGCGAGGAUGCAGGUGGAAUGCAACCUUCAGCAGCAUUUUGAAAAGACACAGUCUUUUGCACCCUCGACUCCAUUGACAGGACGUCGGUACCUGAGAGAGAAGGAGACCAUGGUGACGCCCGUUUCCUCGGCAACACAGAGUGUCAGCCGCUUGCAAAGCAUGGUGCUGGGGCUGAAGAACGCUCCCACUGAGCAGCUGCUGCAGAUCUUCAGUUCUUGCUCCCGGAACCCCAGCGAAACCAUUUUAAACAGAGUCAAGAGCCUGGGAGAGACUUUCCGUCGACACUAUACGAGAGACACAGACGAGCAGCCCGGCUCUCAUAUGGACUUUGCUGACAACAGAUUGAAGCUAGCCGAGAUCCUUUAUUAUAAAAUUCUUGAGAACGUCAUGGCGCAGGAAACGCGAAGGCUGCACGGAAAAGACAUGGCAGUGUUGCUGGAACAGGAUAUAUUUCACCGCUCUCUGAUGGCUUGCUGCCUGGAAGUUGUCCUUUUUGCAUACAGCUCUCAGCGCACUUUCCCCUGGAUCAUUAAUGUCUUCAAGCUCAGGCCUUUCUACUUCUAUAAGGUUAUAGAGGUUGUGAUCCGAUCUGAGGAGGGGCUGUCCCGGGACAUGGUGAAGCAUCUGAACAGCAUCGAGGAGCAGAUCCUGGAGAGCCGUGCCUGGAGUCAGGACUCUGCUCUGUGGGAGUGUCUGAGAGUGGUGCAGAACAAAGUGCCUACCUGUGAGGAGGUGACCUUUCCUAGCAAUUUUGAAAGUGGAAACGGCAGCGGGGGUCUGUCUCACCUGCCCAUGGCGCCCCUUUCUCCAGUCAUUCAUCCUCGUCUUAAAGAAGUGCGGACCGACCUGAGCGGGAGCGCGAGACGAGAUGUCCCGCCUUCACCCAUUUCGGUGCACGAUCGCUACAGUUCUCCAAUGGCUGGCAGUGCCAAGAGGCGUCUGUUUGGAGAGGACCCCUCCUCGGGAUUCCCGGUGAGCAAGAUCUCCUUCUCUCAGGGGGGGGCGCUGAAGAUCAUCCACACCCCCUCCUCCCCCAGAGACGCUGCCCCUCUGCCCCCUGGGUGCACGCUGGUCACUAUGGCAACAGCUACGGUAACCACGACAAAUGGGCAGAAGGUCAUGAUACCUGUGAAAGGAGUGGCGAAUGAGACUGGGGGCAUCACCUUCAUACCCAUGGGGGUGAACGCUGCUGACCAGCAGAAGGGUGUUGACAGCAGCAGCCCGACCCCGCUCUCUGCUCAAGCACUGCACGGCGCAUCUCCGACACGCUCUCGAGGGGCCGCAGCGCAAGAGGCUCAGCCAGCGUCCAGCAAGCCCAAAAAGACUGGCUCUCUGGCACUGUUCUUCAGAAAGGUUUAUCACUUGGCGAGUGUGCGGCUGCGGGACCUGUGUCUGAAGCUGGAUAUUUCUGCAGAGUUAAGGAGGAAGAUCUGGACCUGUUUUGAGUUUUCCCUCGUCCACUGCACUGACCUAAUGAAGGACAGACACUUGGACCAGUUACUGCUGUGUGCCGUCUACAUACUGGCAAAGGUCACAAAAGAAGACCGAUCGUUCCAGGAUAUAAUGAAAUGUUACCGGAGUCAGCCACAGGCCACCAGUCACGUGUAUAGGAGCGUUCUGCUGAAGAAAGCAGCCAGACCGCCACAGCCUGAUGCCAACAAUGCUGAGGGGCAUGAAGAGAGGAUGGAUUGUGAAGUUAAAAGUAAAGAAGGUUCCCCGACAGACAAUUGCAUUGAUCCAGGAGAUGACAGAGGCGACCUCAUCCAAUUCUACAAUUCAGUAUACAUACUGCGAAUGAAAUCGUUUGCAAUGAAGUAUGCCAUCACUAAUCUGGACCAUAGGAUGGAGGCACCCCCCUUGUCUCCGUUCCCAUCUGUUAAAUCCCUUCCACUCUCUCCACGCCGUAUAUCACAGAGACACUCUAUCUAUGUGUCUCCACACAAGAAUGGGUCCUGCCUCACUCCAGUCUCUGCCAUGACCUAUAAGUUUAAUGGCAGCCCUUCUAAGGAUCUUCGAGAUAUCAACAACAUGAUCAAGCAGGGAGAGAGGAUGAGCAAGAAGCGAGCUUUUACUAUGGACAGCGACUCUGACUCGCCAGCCAAACGGCUGUGUCAGGAAAGCGACGAUGUCCUGCUGAAGCGGCUGCAGGAUGUUGUGAGCGAGAGGGCCAAUCACUGAAGCCGGCUGUCCAGUUCUGUGUUGCAGCUCAAGGGUCACGGUGAUCCAGAUGGAGUUGAUUAUCUGAAGAAACAAACCAGGACUUGCUCCCCUGAAUCAUGGGAAACCAAGCAGCAUCAGUUGUGGAAGGCCCAGUGUCUUGUCAUUGCUGCCUCAUGCAUGUGAAAUACAGUAGAACUCUGUAGAUGGUUUCAGGCAGCACAUCACGUUGGAUAAUGAGCUCUGCUGAAGUGGAAACUUGCCGAAGUUAAAGGAUAGCCUGAACCCUCUUUUUGAAUCCAUGCUUUUUGUACAUUACUUGCAUUGGGUGUCAUACACCCAAAAACAACAGAGCAAGCCGUUUUACAAAUCCUGUAAUAUUUUUUUUUUAAUUGAAAUACUUGGCUAGAACUAUAUUUUUAUGUAUAGUUGUUUCUAACCUCCUCCCCUUUCUCAGAUACUCAGACCCUGUUCGUUUUGUAUAUGGUACAGUCGUUCAUCUUUCUAGUGGCUGGUAUGCUGAAACCAGAGUAUUAAAAAGUACAGCUCUGUUAGGAAGCCAGUGUCCCACUGCUGUGUACUGGGGUUUGCAAAAGCAUGCACGCAGUAUUCUGUAAGGAUCCCCUGUGGUGUAUGGGGUGCUAUCUGUGCAGCUGUCCCAGAGACAAGUACAGUGUUGUGUUUCAAAGCUGUUUUGUUCUUGCCGUUGAAAUGAGAGAUGGUGCUGUUAAACGUGUAGUAUCUACACAUGUGAUUUAACUGAAAUAUGUUUUAUCUUCUGCGAUUUUAGUAAAUGCUUUGAUCUACAACAUUUUUUUUUAAUGUCUUGAUGUUUGAGAGACACAAGGAUGUUGCCGUGUCCUCUUGCCCUUUGCCAUCGUCCAUUGCAUUUUAAUGGAAUACUCGUUGCAGUGCCUACAGAGGUAUGGGCCAGAAACAUUGCAACCCUUGUGUAUUCAUCAGCCAGCUUGCUUUAUGGUUACAGCCUAGCAUUUGCUAUAGUGAGCGAAGUAGCUCUCUUUCUCUGAAAAUCACCUUUGCAACACAGCAAUGCUGACUGUAAAAUGAAAAAUGGCGUGCUUUGCGGUUUGCAAGUCAAACUGAAUCAGUCGUGCAAGGUCUCGGGGGCAUUUUGUAUUACAGAGCCCUUUCUUGUAACAAGCUGGAGGGCAAAGGUUUUUAUUUGAGUUGUGUUCAGAUGGUGCUGUUUGGACUCGAGCACAUUCACACUUAGUGACAUUAUGAACCACGGAAGACUGAAUCAGAGGGGAGGUUUGAAAUAAGGUUUGUUAUUGGCUCGGUGAACUAGGCCUUCCAUGGUUCAGAUUCCUCUUUACCCACAUUAGACGAGUGACAGUGUACAGUCUACCAGUGCCUUGAAAUGUAUAUUACUCAAGUUUCUUUGUAACAUUCAAAUUGCCUUUUUUGUUUUUGUUAAAUUAAAUCAAGUCUACCCAAAA